UUCAAACACUUUCCAAAAUGAAUAACACUACGAUCAACGUGGAUCAGUUGAACUCUGCGCUGAACUCUCUCAGAGUGCUUCGUUCCAGUGUCAGUCAUGUUUUUGAAACACUUUCCAAUGGAUUACGAGCCGACCACGGGGAGGACGGCAAAGAUAAGUUCCUUUUAGAGCUUCAGGAACUUCUUAAUAACGUGAACAUCAAUUUAAGAGACUUGGAACAAACUGUAAAUGGGCUCCCAAUACCCACAGCUCCUUUUAACUUGGGUACGACGACUUACCUCAGCCAAGAAACAACACAAGAUCGGCAAGCGCUCUACACACAGCUAGUCAACAGUUACAAGUGGACUGACAAAAUUCACGAGUAUAGUUCUUUCGCACACACGCUUUUAAGUCAAAACUCACUCAAACGGUCGUACAUAAACUCUGGAAGUACAAAACGCCGUGGAAAACUGCAAAGUAAUCACAAUGUCGCGCCUCUAUUAGUCGACAACGUAAUUAACAACAUCGACAGAUCAUACAGUGACAUGAAAAUAACCAUAUCUCGCCCAUUUGCUAGCAAUGCUGUUGUACAGAUCAACCUUGGUCAUGUAUUAAAAGCUAUAGUUGCUUUCAAAGGGCUUUUGAUGGAGUGGGUUAUGGUGAAGGGCUAUGGUGAAUCAAUGGACCUGUGGGCUGAGUCAAGGCACCAUGUGUUUAGAAAAGUCACUGAAAAUGCUCAUGCUGCUAUGUUACACUUCUACUCUCCAACAUUACCAGAACUGGCUGUCCGAUCAUUCAUGACAUGGCUACAUAGCUAUGUAAAUCUGUUCAGCGAGCCCUGCAAGAGGUGUGGUGCUCAUCUCCAUCAUACAUCUCUGCUGCCUCCUGCAUGGCGGGAUUUUCGUACCCUGGAGCCAUUCCACGACGAAUGUAAACAAUAGUCCACGUGGAAUUGAUUGGGAGAGCCCCCAAAUUAUUUUGGGGACUUUCCCUUUCAAUGAAUGAAAGUACAACGGACA